AUGCAAAGCAUCCGGAUGAGCUCCUCUGCAGCAGCAGUCGCAGAAAAAGAUGACGUCGCUGUGGCCCAGAACAACUACAAAAUUAUCCAAGAAGUUGGGAAUUUUGAAGAAACCCAAGCGCAACGUCCAGACUUUGAUCACUCCGAGCCAAUCGAAGUCACAAAAUCACCAUUUCCGCAGUGGAAAUACGGCGACGGAGUUCCCGACAAUGGAGCGAGCUUGGCUCAACAGCACCAUGAGAUUGACCCCUACGCGGCCGAUCGGCCUAUGAUCAACAACUAUCGCCUACUCGUUUCUGGCAUUGCGCCGCGGCCAAUCGGCUUUGUUAGCACCGUCAGUUCAGAAGGACAGAAGAAUCUUUCGCCCUUCAGCUACUUCCAGGUCCUCGACCAUGACCCGCCAAUGUUCAUUGUUGGCUUUUCAUCCCGUCCGGGUCGAGUCAAGGAUACCUAUCGCAAUAUCAAGGAAACUGGCGAGUGUGUCAUCAACACUGUUUCGGAGAACAUGAUUGAGGCUGUAAAUGCUACUUCGAUCGAUGCGCCCUACGGUGUAUCUGAGUGGGAUGUCUCAGGUCUUCAUGAAGCACCAUCAACAACAGUCAAACCCUCGCGGGUAGCAGAGUCUGUCUUCAGCAUUGAAGGCAAGGUGGUCGACAUCAAGGAGUUCAGCGAUCACCAACAACCGGGCAUGAGUAUUGCAGCCAAUGUUCUGAUCAAAGCCACUCGUUUCUGGGUGAAGGAGGGCACUGCGAACGCGGAUUACAGCCACAUUGAUCUUGAAAAAUUGCGACCUAUUGGCCAACUGGGUGGUGUCUCUUACGGUCGGAUUUCAUCGACCUUUGAGAGACCGCGUAAGAAGUGGGAUCAAGAAGUUCCUAGCAGCGAACUCUUGACCAAGCUAGAUGCCACCAAGCCUAAUGUGAAAUAG